AUCAGCAGGGCUCGGAAAUAGCCGCUGUUGGCGAAGAGGAUGUUUUUGUGCGCUUUGAAGAUCCUGCCCUCCACAAUAAUGCUGCAGUCGCAGAAGAAAUCCCUCUUGCGCUGCUCGUUCAGCUCACCCAGCAGCUUGGUGUAGAGGAGGAGGCGAGCCCGGAAGUGACGUCAUCGUGAGGCGCGGGCGAGGGGUCGGUAAACAGUGGUGACGUCACGGGCCAAGAUGGCUGAGGGGGAGGACGCGGGCUGGUGGCGGAGCUGGCUGCAGCAGAGCUACCAGGCGGUGAAGGAGAAGUCCACAGAAGCUUUGGAGUUCAUGAAGCGGGACCUGGCCGAGUUCACUCAAGUGGUGCAGCACGACACAGCCUGCACCAUCGCAGCCACGGCCAGUGUGGUGAAGGACAAGCUGGGAAGGACAGAAGUUUCCUCAGGCACAACUGAAAAGGUGAGGAAGGGGCUAGCAGACUUCCUGGGUGUCAUCUCAGACACAUUUGCUCCCUCGCCUGAUAAGACCAUUGACUGCGAUGUGAUAACACUGAUGGCAACGCCCACAGGUACCACAGAGCCCUAUGACAGUGCCAAGGCUCGCCUCUACAGCCUCCAGUCAGACCCGGCCACCUACUGCAACGAACCUGAUGGCCCUGCGGAGCUCCUCGAGGCCUGGCUCUCGCAGUUUAACCUGGAGGAGAAGAAAGGGGAGAUUGCAGAGCUGCUGGCAACCAGCCCUUCCAUCCGGGCGCUCUACACCAAAAUGGUCCCUGUGGCCGUUUCCCAUUCCGAGUUCUGGCAGCGGUACUUCUAUAAAGUGCAUCGCCUGGAGCAGGAUGAGGCCCGGAGGGAGGCUCUGAAGCAGCGAGCGGAGCAGAGCAUUCAGCAGGAGGAGCCAGGCUGGGAAGAGGAUGAAGAGGAGUUCUUGGGGAUGUCACCCCUGCCUUGUGCAGACAGGAAAUUGCCAGAAGCAGCAGAGAGAGACUCUGCCCCGGCAGCCCUGGAGCGAAGCCGCCCUGCUGCUCCCAAGGGACCCUCGGAGGAGAGCUGGGCUGUGCUCCCUCCGGAGCCGCCCCCAGCAGAGGGGAGCCCCUCUGAGAGCAGCGAGAGCAUCUCCCUGGUGACUCAGAUUGCAAACCCUGCCUCUGUGCCUGCCGCGCAGCUACAGACUGGAGCACAGCCAUCCAGGACCAGAGACCUCUCCCAGCGGCUGUUGGAGGCCACCUCGGAAGAGCAGAUCUCCCUGCCAAAGCCCCCAGAACUUGGUUGUCCUUCUGCGCAGGAGUCGUCUGUGUCCUCAGAGCUGCCACCUGCUACAGAGCUCAAAGAGGUGGAGGUCAAAGCCCAGGGCAGGACAGAGACUUUGAAAGAGGAGGGACCAACAGAUCUGCGAGUCUUCGAGCUGAACUCGGAUAGUGGGAAAUCCACUCCCUCCAACAACGGCAAGAAAGGCUCCAGCACGGAUAUCAGCGAGGACUGGGAGAAAGACUUUGAUUUGGACAUGACGGAAGAGGAGGUGCAGCUGGCGCUUGCGAAGGUGGAGGUGUCUGGGGAGCUGGAAGAUGAAGAAUGGGAAGACUGGGAAUAAAGCAACAGCUUCGAGUGUGUCUCACAGGCCCAUUUCCACCAUCGGAGGUGGCAGCUGGCGUUCACCCACGCGCUCAGCUGCUGGGGAGCCCAGAGACUGGCUGGGCCAAACCGACUUCUCUGGAGGUGUCGGCCGGAGGCGGAUGCAACGUAGCAAGGGGCCGGCAGGGUGAGCUGGGCCCUCGGACACCCAGCAGGAUCGCAUGGUGCCACCAGGUGCCCGACCGUUCCCUUGUGUGCGUGUCUGUGUCAGCUCCAGUGCCACAGUUUAGAGGGCUCUGGGUGCAAACUGUGCCUGCUCCUCUCUGCUUUGCGCUGCCGGCCGGGCCGUCCCCGGAUACAGCCCUGUGCAGGGCUUGUGGCUCUGACUUGAACCUGAACCUGCUGGAAGGACCUGAACUCCCUGCCAAACCCUGAGCUUCUGCCUGGCUUUUUGUCUUGGAAGCUUCUUUAAUGGAAACUCCCGUUUCCUGUUGCAGGAGCAGCAGCUUCUCCAAGAGCCCCGGCUGCUGCUUUCCCUUUGCAGCUGCACUUGCCUCCCUCUGCUGGGUUCUUUGUCCUUCCAGUUCAGUUCCCCAAGCAAAUUACUUGUGGCUUGCACCACUCAGAGCAGCCGUGGGGUCACCUUGGAGCAGAGCCCUUCCUUUGUGCCCAGUUUGGCCCUGGCAGCGCCCCAGUCCGGCCCCUGAGUGCUACCGCCUGCACAAGCCCCAGGGCUCGGCCCUUCCCUCUCCCAGCCCCGGGCACACAGAAGCGCCCAGUGGUGCCUGUUGGUUGCAGCUGUGUCUGUCCCCAUAUGUCCCCCGGCCACCAGGGCCACCGGCCUUGCUGCCCUCACUUGGGAUCCGUCACUAAGCCCCCGUGACUGCUUGCAACGCUUCCCUCAGACCCACGGCCUCUCGGGGCAGUUCCCUUCUAAUGGCACGGGACACUCAUCGGUUGUUGCUAAUGGAUAGUUAUCCUGAGGGACGCCUUGCUGCUGUCCUGCCUUUUGGGUGGUGGUUUCGGACGCGCUGCCUUUGUCCUCCUGUCCCUGCACUGCGGGUUCCCUCCUGUUUUGGACAGCGUUAACCUGGUGGAAGGGUUGGGGUUUUGGUUUUAUCUCUCCCCACCUUUGGGGAAGUUCUCACACAGCCGCACAUGGGGGUGAGUUGGUGGCUUCAGGCACCUACAGGAGCCUGAGCCGCAGCCCCAGCUCCCCUCCUGCUCUUGGAAAGGAGCGGCAGCCUCGCCCGCUCCCGGGCGCAGCUGUGGCCGCAGCAGGAAAGCCCAUGGGUGGGUG